GGGUUUAGAAGGGCCCGCGGGGCCGGGGCGAGCGGAGCGCGGGGCCAUGGCCGAGACCGACCCCGGCGAGCGGCGGGCGGCGGGCACCGAGAGCAUCACCGAGCGCAUCACCGAGCGGGGCACCGAGAGCAUCACCGGGUCGGGCAUCGAGCGCAUCACCGAAUGCAUCACCGGGUCGGGUACCGAGCCGGGCACCGAGCGUGUCGCCGAGAGCAUCACCGAGCCGGACACCGAAUGCAUCACCAGGUCGGGCACCGAGCGCAUCACCGAAUGCAUCACCGAGCCGGGCACUGAGCCGGGCACGGCGGGGUGGCCGCAGCGGCCUCCCUACUCGUUCGUGGCGCUGAUCACCAUGGCCAUCCGGGCCAGCCCCGGGCAGCGGCUGCCCCUGAGCGGCAUCUACGCCUACAUCGCGGAGCGCUUCCCCUUCUACCGCGGCCCCGGCCGCCAGUGGCAGAACAGCGUCCGCCACAACCUCAGCCUCAACCCCUGCUUCCGACGGCUGCCCUGCCGCCACGGCCGCGCCGGCGAGUGGGCGCUGGACCCCGCUUUCCAGGACAUGUUCCCGGGGGGGAAUUACCAGCGCCGCCGCCGCCGCCGCCGCCCGUCCGCAUCCCGUCCGCCGCCCUCCGCGACCCCCCCGGGCCCCGCCGCGCCCCGGGCCCCGCCGCCCUCGGGGAUGAUGUUUGCAGCCGUUUACAGCGGGUUGCCGCAGACGGGCGCCGCGCCGGGCGCUGUCCGGGCUCCGGAGCGCUCCCGGCGUGGCUGCCGCUAG